UCAAUUCCUCUAGCUCCUUCCCCCACGGGUCAGCUGAGGCUCUGGCCCCUUCUGACCUCCCCCCGGGCAUGGUCGCCCCGCCACCCGUCCAGCCCUCUGUGGCCGCCUCGCACCCAAGCCAUGGUGACGACGCGCCCCGCUCCCUUCUUGCAGGCCGCCCGACACCAAGAGCUGCCGUUUGACCCCAGUCGCGGGGCGGGGGAAGAGUCCGAGGUCAUGAAUCAGGAACCUUCCAAGGCUCCCGGCAGCUGCCCAGCAGGAGCCGGGCCCGUGAGCGCCAAGCGGGAGAAGCAGGCGGAGCGGUUCCCCGAGCCGCGCCAGAUGCCGCCCGAGAAGGACAAGGAGAACAUCUUCCAGCGGGCCGAGAGGCGGGCCGGCCCCAACCCCCCGGGGGGCGAGCCGGAGCGGGACGGGGGCCGGCGGGCGUGGGCGGCCCCUUCGCCCGCCCCCCUGGGCCCGCAGCUGCCCGUGGCGGCGGGCCACUUCGUGUGCCCCGAGUGCGGGAAGCGCUUCAGCUGGUGGUCGUCGCUGAACAUCCACAGGCGGACCCACACCGGCGAGAAGCCGUACGGGUGCGCCAAGUGCGGCAAGAGCUUCAGCCAGAAGCCCAACCUGGUGCGGCACCAGCGCCAUCACACGGGCGAGCGGCCCUUCCGCUGCGCCGAGUGCGAGCGGCGCUUCAGCCAGAAGCAGCACCUGCUCAAGCACCAGAAGACCCACGCCCGCCAGAAGCCGCACCCGUGCCCCGACUGCCAGAGGAGCUUCCGCCACCCGGCCACCCUCCGGGCCCACCGACGGGCCCACGCCCGGGAGCGCCCGCCGGCCCGGCCCGACGGCGGCGGGAAGCCGCUCGAGGACGGGCGGGCGCGCGGGGCCCCCGGCCCCCGGGACCGGCUGCCGGGCGCCGCCCGGGGGGGAGCGCGCAGCUGGCGGCCCGGCCCCGGCCCGCCGCGCCAGUUCAUCUGCAGCGAGUGCGGCAAGAGCUUCACCUGGUGGUCGUCCCUCAGCAUCCACCGGCGCAUCCACACGGGCGAGCGGCCCUACCCCUGCCCCGAGUGCGGGCGGCGCUUCAGCCAGAAGCCCAACCUGACCCGCCACCUGCGCAACCACACGGGCGAGCGGCCCCACGCCUGCGCCGACUGCGGCCGGGGCUUCCGCCAGAAGCAGCACCUGCUGAAGCACCAGCGCGUCCACCGCGGCGAGGGGCCCCGCGCCCGCCCCCGCUGCGGGCAGAGCUGCCCCGGCGUCGCGGCGCUGCGGGCCCGCCGGCCGGACCGCGAGCGGCUCCCCGGCGCGGCCGAGCCGUGGGGCGGCCCGGUGCCCAGGCCGGCCCCGCCGGAGGGCGGGGGGCGGGUGCCCCCCCCGGCGCCGCGGCCGGGCCGCCGGCCCCCCCAGGCCUCCCCCGGAGACGCGGGGCCGCCGGAGCGGGGCCCCCGGCCGGCCGCCCGGCCCGGGGAGCGGCCCCCGACAGCGGCCGAGCGCCAGUUCAUCUGCAGCGAGUGCGGCAAGAGCUUCUCCUGGUGGUCGGCGCUCACCAUCCACCGGCGCAUCCACACGGGCGAGCGGCCCUACCCCUGCCCCGACUGCGGGCGCUGCUUCAGCCAGAAGCCCAACCUGACCCGCCACCUGCGCAACCACACGGGCGAGCGGCCCUACCCGUGCCCCGACUGCGGCAGGGGCUUCAGCCAGAAGCAGCACCUGCUCAAACAUCAGCGUGUCCACGGGGCCGGGGGCCGGCCCGCCGCCCCCCCCGUUCGCCGUGAAGAGGGAAGGGCCGUAGGGACUCGCGGCGGGAGGGCUGGGGGGCGGCGAGGCUACCCCGGGGCCGCCGUGAGCCGGGGGGAGCGCUGAGGGAGCCCGAGCCGGCCCGAGAGGAGGGCGGCGGUCCGGAUGUUUCCUUCCCCGAGCCGAGUCCGGAGUCCCGUCGGAGGGGAGAGUCCGUUCCUGGACUGUGGGGAUGGGACGGUCCCGGGCCGGGUCCCCGUCACUGACGGGAACCGUUUCCCUCCCCCUUCCCGGGUCACCUGAUCUGGAUGGCUUCCCGCCAGGCGUUCCAGCACGUGGCCGACCCAACAGAGUCCGCUCUCCCGACUGGCGGUCUGCGGUCAGAUUUCAGCGCGGAAAGGCCUGCGGGUCGGCUCCCGUCCGCCCCGCCGACCCCCAACGGUGGCAGCGCCUUCGGGCCCUGCAAUCCAGCGCGGGCCGGCGGAGAGGCGCCUGGGGAGGGACGGGUUCUGAUGCCAGCUCGGCAGGGCCGGGGGGGUGGGAGCUGAGUCGGGUGACUGGGGCGGGAGACCGAGGGUGAAGCCUGGACUCGUAACCCACCUCAUUUUGGAUGAGGUUGAGGAUGAGGUGCCUCGUUUCCCCCGUUCCCUAAGCUCCCGGGUCCACCAAGGCUCGGUUUGCUUUCCUCCAACCAGCAGGGAAGGGAAAAGGAUAAGGAUCUCUGGGAGUUUCUCAAAAAGAACAAACAAAAAACCCCCCUGGCUUCUACACGCACCUUCUCCCAUCCGGCCUUCACUCGCUUAACGCUGGUCCCAAGCCCGGGAAACUUGGUUUCCACGCUGGGGUCAGAGCCAGAACCAUCCCCUUUCCACCCGUCCUGGUCUAUCCCUGCCCCUUGGGGGUCCCAGUCACAUCGCUAAGAACUGGGGAUGGGUGGGUGGGGAGUCAGGGCGAGAGCAGAGGUGGCUGCACAAGGUGGGAAAUUCAUCCCCGACCGCACGGAGAUGGGCUCCGAGCCGCCAGUCGUGACCCGGCAAAGAGCGCGGAGUCAGCGGGGGCGUCUUAAUCACAGGCCCCUCGAGCGGCAGCGGGAAAAGAGGCCCAAUGUGCACUGAGCAUUAUGGGGAAGGGGAGAGGAAAAGACCGGGAUCCGUCCCUAUAGAAAACCAUCCACGCCUGGAACACUGUGUGAAGUUUUGUGCUCUCCCAAGCGCUUAGUCCCAGUGCCCAGUACACGGUAAGCGCUCAAUAAAUACCAUUGAUUGACUGAA